CUAACGGAAAGCUCUGUGGCCGUGAUUAACCGCAGCCUAUGCACCCACGGGAUCUAGGGCAUUAAAGACAUUUCAAAGCCAUACUGGUGUAACGUGGAAGUCAGGCGGUCCAUGCGGCGGUCCCUGAUUCGUAAAAAUUUAGAUACGAGUAGGCUCAUUCGCGUUGGAUUGAAGCCUCUUUCCUAAUUGCCAAUUGGGGUCUUCUGGAGAGAAAGGGUUCGUCGGAUAACUGGUACACACACAGUGGGCUGCACAAGAGAGGAAAAUACAGAAACAGAGGAAUCAGAAACAAAGAAAACAUAAACAGUGUCACCCCAGAAAGCAAAUCUCAGUCCACAUAUACAAACACUUACUGGUUCAAUGCAUUUUCCAUAAUGGUUAAUCAAGCUUGCAGUUAAUUUGGGGCCCAUUUAACUGUAGUUAUUUGCAUGAUAAGAUUUGGGGCGUGAAACAGAGACACAGUAUGGCAGAGGGAACAGAAAUUGAGGAACGGGUGGAUCUUGACGAGGAUAAUUACAUGGAAGAAAUGGAUGAUGAUGUUGAAGAUCAACUAGAUGAUGAUGCAGAAGAUGAUAAUGGAGAUGCACGUGUUGAAGAAAAUGCUGAAGAGGACUAUGAGGACUCAAAAACUGGGGUUAUUCAGAAAGAUCAAUCACCAGAAAUGGAUAGAAGCCGUGUCAAUACAGAGCCUCUAGAAGAUGAUGAAAAACCUACUGCUUCUGUCCAAGAAGAGGAAAAAGAGAAGCAUGCUCAACUUCUUGCCCUUCCGCCCCAUGGUUCAGAAGUUUUCAUUGGUGGGCUUCCAAAGGAUGCAUUAGAAGAUGAUUUGAGGGAUCUAUGUAAUCCAAUAGGCGAAAUUUUUGAGAUAAGGUUAAUGAAAGAUAAGGACUCUGGUGAAAGCAAGGGCUUUGCUUUUGUUGCCUUUAAAUCAAAGGAGAUUGCUCAAAAGGCCAUUGAAGAGCUUCAUAGUAAGGAGCUCAAGGGAAAAACCUUAAGAUGUUCUCUUUCUGAAACCAAGAACAGAUUGUUUAUCGGUAAUGUUCCAAAGAGCUGGACAGAGGAUGAGUUUAGAAAAGUCAUUGAGGAGGUUGGUCCCGGGGUGGAACUCAUUGAGCUGAUAAAGGAUCCUCAAAAUCCAGCCCGCAAUCGUGGUUUUGCUUUUAUAUUGUAUUACAAUAAUGCAUGUGCUGAUUAUUCAAGGCAGAAAAUGUUAAAUGCAAAUUUUAAGCUGGAUGGAAAUACCCCCACUGUCAGCUGGGCUGAUCCAAAGGGCACACCUGAUCAUUCUGCUGCUGCUGCCCAGGUUAAGGCUUUGUAUGUAAAGAACAUACCUGAGAACACUAGUACUGAGCAACUGAAGGAACUAUUCAUGCGCCAUGGGGAAGUAACAAAAGUUGUUAUGCCACCUGGCAAAGCAGGAAAACGAGAUUUUGGGUUCAUUCAUUACGCUGAAAGGUCAAGUGCAUUGAAGGCUGUCAAAGAUAGCGAGAAAUACGAAAUUGACGGUCAAAUGUUGGAGGUUGUCCUUGCCAAGCCUCAGGCUGAUAAAAAACCUGAUGGGGUUUAUCCUUACACAGCAGGGCUUCAUCCAAACCAUGUGCCACAUCCUUCUUAUGGUGGGUUUGCUGGAAGUCCAUAUGGCUCUGUAAGUGCUGGAUUUGGUGUUUCUGCCAGUUUUCAGCAGCCAGUUAUAUAUGGAAGGGGUCCAAUGCCAGCUGGGAUGCAUAUGGUGCCCAUGGUUCUACCAGAUGGUCGAAUUGGCUAUGUUCUUCAGCAGCCGGGUGUACAGAUGCCACAACCUAGGCCGAGGAGAGUUGAUCGGAACAAUGGUCCAGGUGGGCCUGGGCGAGCUGGAAGUAGUGGGGAUGAUGUCAAUCGUAGCAGAAGGUAUCGCCCUUAUUAGUGGUAGAGGUGCAGAAAUGUGUCAUAGUUUUUUCCCGGGAAUGAAGAGACAUUAUAGUUGGAUGACUUGUUGCGGUGAACAAAAUAACAGAGCCAUCACCCCUUUCUUCUCCCCAAUCCCAAAACUCUUUAGAACUAAAAAAAAAAAAAAAAAAAAAAAUGGAAAGAAGAAGAAAAAAGAUUUUAGAAUUAGGAAGAUGAAGUAUUCUGUGACUUUGUUGUGGUGGGAGACGAUUGACAUUUAGCAAUUCUCUUUAUAUUAAUGGUUUAUUUAUUGGCA